AUGACGUUCUACUUCGAUAUUCCUGGGAAGGAACUGUGGUCUGCUGCUUUGGACGGUAAUUUGGAAGAAGUAAAAAGAUACAUAGCUGAAGGAGCUGACAAGGAAUAUAGAAAUGAAAGAUUUGACGGGGAAACAGUAUUACAUUUGGCAGCUCAGCUUGGACACUUUGAGUUAACAAAAUGGCUGAUAGAAGAAAAAGGAAUGGAUCCCAUGGUUAAAUCAGCAAAGGAAGGUAAAACAGCAUUACAUUUGGCAGCUGAAAAUGGAAAGAUGAGGGUAACAGUAUGGCUGAUUGAAAAAAAAGGAAUGGAUCCCAUGGUUAAAACAUCUCAGGAAGGAAAAACAGCAUUACAUUUGGCAGCUGAAAAUGGAAGGUUGAAGGUAACAGAAUGGCUGAUUGACAAAAAAGGAAUGGAUCCCAUGGUUAAAACAUCUCAGGGUGAGACCCCAUACCAUCUGGCAGCAAAAGAAGACAGGGAUGACUCGGAAUACAAAAAAAAAUAUAAGAAAGAAGUAAUGGACUACCUCAAGACUUUCAUGUCAAAAGAAGAACAAGAAGCAACCCUUGUAUCUCAGCAGAAAGACGCAUCACCAGUUGUUAGAGGCCUCGAAGAUGAAUUGACGAAGCUUUCUGAUAAGCAAUUUGAUAAUCUUCUAAAGACUGGAUCGUAUAAAUGCUACUGGAACAGGGUAUUUUUGACGGGCAAGUUCGCAGUUGGCAAGACAACACUAACUAAGAUUUUGGUGGGGGACGAAGCUCCAAUUGAACGUGAAUCUACGGAUGGUAUAUGGAUAUAUCUUGGAAGGGCGGGCAUGAAUAUAAAGAAGAGAGUUUGGAUCUUCUUAGAGAAAGGUACUGUUUUAAAUGCAUCAGUACAGAGUUUCUUAAGGAGUGAAGAAAUAAAGAAUCAAGGCGCUAUGCCACUUAGCGAAGAAUUACGGACUCCAUAUGCAUGUGCUUCAAACCCAAGUGUCGGUUUUCAAAAUGAGGUCAAAAAGGAGUCGAAGCUGAAAGCUUUCCGAAAGCGAAUGUUAAAAAUAUUUAAAGGUACUUGUGUAUUAUGUAACACAUACUAG